AUGUUUGAUCUCUGCACAAUCUUUAAGACAUUACAGAAGUUGUUUCAGAAAUCAAACUUGAUUCUUCCAGAUGUGUUAACAGCAAAAGAUUCUGCUAUGCAGAACUUGAAGAUUAUGAAUGACAUACCAGUUCCAGGUGGGAAAGAGGAGCAGAAUUUGGAGUUGCACGAUAAUGAGCAAAAUAGACCUGUGAGACGAACCAGUACAGCACAUCAGUUUGUGACAAGCCAAAACAGGAAUAGCAAUGCUAUAAGGAAUGAAAUUGUGCAGUCCGCCAUCAAUUUUCUUGGGCAACGUAUGAACACAGAAAAUGAUGGCACAGUUGAGAGUUUGAUGAGUAUUCUAGAAGCAUCUUCAUCUAAGGACUUAAUUUUGGCCAGUAGAAAUCUUGUUUCUUCGAUUCUUGGACCAAGCUGCCUGUCAGAUUUUGUCAGUGAUGUUUGCAAGUCAUGGAACAACCUGGCCAAAAUUGAGCAUGUUGAGGUGGAAGACACUGGAACUAUGUAUGCUCUUCGCCUUAGGAAAAUGAUACAGGCAAGUACUGGUUUACUUAAGAAAUUCCUAGCAUCUUUUCUUACCCUUGUCCCUCACAGCAUGGCAACUGAACGAGUUGUUUCUCAUUAUAACAAUGUGAAGACAUCGGGCAGGUCUUCGCUUAAUCCUGAGACAAUAAAUGGUAUAUUGCAUAUUUCUCUGAAUGGAAGGGGUGCAUCCUUUUUUGACCCAAGACCAGUGGUAUCAGAGUUCUUAACUUCGAAAGAAAGAAGAAACCGAGAGCCGUGUGAAGAACUGUACAAACAAAGGGAAUUUGUGAAACAUUUCUUCAAGCAAGAAUCCGGAUGUCUGUGAUUCACAGAAGCAUACAGUAUACCUUAAAUAUAACUAGUAUGAUACUUUUUAAAUACAACAUUGGUUGGUGAGCAUACUUAAACUUGUUGUGUUUGAAUCUUAAUUUCAAAUUAUCACAAAUUUCACUUUUAAAAAUUUCCUUUGAGAACCUGAGAUUUCUUUAAAAAGUGUUCUCAGAAUGCAGGAAAUGCUAUUUCAGAGACCAAAAUUUAAAAAAAUUCCCGAGGGCAUGUGCUUAAACCCACCUUCGGUGUUCGCGUACUAUCCAGGGAAAGGGAAAAAAAAUGGCCUGGGCCCUUUGGUAGUUUUGCCCCACCACUGAAGAAUCCUUAAAAGAUGCCCUGCCAGGAAUAGCUACAAAAAAAUGCAACUAUAUCCCAUUGAGUGGCGAUCGAUGCACCCUACUUUAGUAUUUUAUUCUGUUUAACGCCAGACGAUUUUAUUCGUCAAGGGGAGAACGCUGGCGCUUAAUUAAUGGGUUAACUGGCCUAUCUGCCCAUGUGUCUAGUUAACCCAUUGAGUGGCGAUGCACCCUGAUGCAAACCUUAUACAUCACCUCAGACAGUGCACACGUACAUUUUUAGAGCUCCUGCUUUGUAAUAAAACUUGAGUUUAACACGGCAGAGUUACUUCUAACGAAUAAGGGAAAGCUUAAAUGGCGUGGUGAAUUCGAAUCGUUACAAAUAUUUCUUGAAAAAGAUCUUAACAUCAAAGGCAAGUGGACUUCUGCAAGUGGAGCAAAGCUGUUAAAAACUGAUGACAUUCAGAUCCGAUGGUAUAGUCAGCAAGAAACUAUAACCUUGAAUGGCCCGAAAGCAGAGGAAUACAAGUCGUUAUUGGAAGCUAAGGCGAGUGUCUUAGAUAUCACCGAAACGACAGAAAGUGUGGACAAGGAGAUGUCUGAAGUUUCCCAGCAAGAGGUUUCAGUAAGUGAGGCGUUAAAUAUCACAAGUGUUGACCCUUCCCUUUAUAAAACAGUAGAAGCGAUGAAGUCUGAAAUUAAUGCAUUGAAAUCGCAAUUUAACAAACAUUGCUUAGAUUCAUCCAAACUGCAUAUAGAAUCAAAAAUCCAAAAAGAUAAUAACUCUAGUGAUGCUCGUACUUUAGAUGUAGAGCGUUUGGAAAACGAAAACGAGAACUUAAAACAAGAAAACCAAUUAUUUCGAUCAAAAAUCGAUUACCAAGAACAAGAUCUAUUGCAUUUGAAUAACAAAUUAAAGACUUUAGAAGACGAGAGAGCAAGUUUAAUAACCGUAAUACGUCUAUUGUACUCCGAUAGAGAUGAAAACAAUAAAUCAUAUUCCCAAUGUGAAUAUCAAAGUGUUAUGCGUGGCAGCACAAAAACUAACUGCCCACGCUCUCGCGUUCCAAAUGCCGCCAUGGCGGAAAAAAAUCAUUUUCUUAUUAAGAAAAAAUGUCUUAAUUUAAGAAAAAAAAUCUUAAAAUAAGAAAAUAAUUUUCUUAGUAAGAAAAAAUUUUCUUGAAAUAAGAAAUUUUUGAAUCCCAAGAUAUCUUUUUCUUAAAAUAAGAAAAAAUUUUCUUAAUAAGAAAACAUUUUCUUAAAAUAAGAAAAUACGAUUUUCUUACUUUCUUAAUAAGAAAACAUUUUCUUAAAAUAAGAAAAUACGAUUUUCUUACUUUAAGAAUAUGUUCGUAAGACAAGAAAUGAAAUUCUUAAAAUACAAAAUUAUAAAAUAGUAAGACAUUAUUACUUAAAUUUUUGAAGCAAGAAAAUGUAAAAUGCUAGUGUUAUAGGACAACUUAUAUCUUAACAAGACUUAGAACAACGUAUAUCUUAUUGCGUCAGGUAAAUUUGUAGUUUUUAUUUCGAAUUGAAGAGACUAUAUGACCGGCAGCUCACGGUUGAUCAAACACUAAAUGGCCGGCAGUACAUUGACUAUAUAGUUAAAGUUGAAUCUUCAGUAAUCAGUAUAAGAUAGAUAAACCGAUCCCCAAUCCCAAACCCUUCUCUAACCCUAACCCCUAACCGUAACCUUUUGAGAGUUAGACCGGCUGCCGGUAAUAUAGUCACUUUGUUUUUAUUUCGUUUCCAAAAUUUGAGCUCGUUUUAGUUUUAUUGAAUCGUUGAAGAGAAUUUUUGCCCUCCGGAAUUUUUAUCCAAGCAGGAAUAGUUCGCCAUAGUUCGCGUAUUCACUAAACGCCUGGUACCUAGUUUACCUUUUAGAACGCGGAGCAUCGCGGGAUAGCGUCGUUUUACAUUUUUGUGAAAAAAUUUAUAUAAAAUUAUAAAUAUCCAUGAGCGCCUUCAAGGCAAUUUAAAUGGCAAAUAACGAUGGGAAAAGCAUCAGAAAGCAUCAGAAAGUCUUUAAAAUGUUGUUCAGAUACCACAGGUAAGAAUAAUUGUAUAUUUGACUUGUUAUUUAAACAGAUCCAUUGCGAAAUAAUGUAGUGAUUAUGACUGUUUACUUGAGCGAAGUGUGAAAAUAUUCCAUUGAAUGUUUGAAUUUGCCGCGUUUGUUUUGCAUAUAAAACAUGCAAAUGUUGCUUUCAGGCAAGGGACGAAAGAUUAAAAUAUAAAUUCAUAUCUAUUAUUGUGAAUUCCAUACUAAUUUACGACUAAUAUUAACAAUUUGACAAUACUAAAUUGCCUUUGACAUUGGCAGUUUGCUAGACCUUUCAAAUGUCAAGACUCAAGGCUAUAUAGUGAUAUGAAAUAAGAUAUUAUACAUACGGAUGUUUUUGAAGAUCUGUUAGCAUUUUAAUACUUGAAUAAGGAUUGGAAUUGCAGGAGAAUGACAGCAUUUAAUCUGAUAUUUUCAGUGUAUAGAUAGCUGAAUAACUGAAUUGCAUCCUACUUUUAAUAUUGUUUACUCUGUCUAAUUAAUGCCAGAGGAUUUUCCUACUUGCCUUGCCGGAUAACUUGGCUACUGUAGAGAAUGUUUAGUUUUCCCGACUUACUAUGCUUCACCCGGGAAACUCUGCAACCCUAGAUAGAAUGUAUAUGCCUUUCAUUUAAAAUAAUAGCCCAAAAAUACAUACAAAUCAUUAGGUAUGUUUAUAGCUUUCCUCUAUUUCUAGCAGCUUUUUCUUGCCUAUUUUGUAAUCAUGUUUUUUAAACCUUUUGAAUGAUCCAAAUUGUGUUUGUAUUUUGUCAUUGCACAGCAAUAAUGGGGUAACUUGAUUUCAUAUAAAUAGACUGCUUUUUGUCCUGCCUGAGUGAGUAACUCACCUUGCCGGGUAACUCGCCUACUGAUGUACUGAUAUCCAUAUUGGUGUAUCAGUCAUCUUUGAAUUUCGUGAAAUGACAUGUAUUAUCGGUAUCAGCAAAGUAUUGGUCUUUUAUUAUCAGUUAUCAGAAUAUCUGUGAAUUUCCAUAUAUCGGUGCAUCACUAAAACAGUUCAAGAUUGUGUUUAUAUGAGAAAAUGCCAUCCUGCUCGCCGGGACAAUUUUGUUAUGUUGACAUUGUUUUGACAGUUGUUAAAAAUAGCUUGCAGCUCGGCAUCUUUGAACAUUCAUCCUGGCCCAGCCUGCUUGUGAGUGUAUAUGUGGAGAAAUUUUCAUCCCAAUAAGCAACAUUGUGGCGUCAGAGCCAGCCUGCUUGUGGAUCCAUAUAAACGCAUGAUAAUUUUUUCUAGAUAAAUAUACCUAAUGCAGUAAGAUCUUGCUUACCGGGCUGUCCCGCUAAGCGGUCCAGCCCAGCUUCCAUAUAAAUACAUUGUACAGCUGGUUUAAAGAACCAUGAACAGCAACCAGAAGUAAACUAUACUGUCAGUAACUGUGUGAUAUGGUAUUGGACAAAUUAUUACAUUUCUUAAUAUUGCAGCUUUGGUGCAUGAAUAAGGGAUAAUAGUCUACUGGCACUUGCCACAAGAAAAUGAUAACUGAAUCCAGGACAUCUGUAUCUGCCUACAGCCAUGUCUCUGCUUAAUAAAAUUUAUAUAAAACAUAUGUAGUUUAAUACUCCCUCUUUCGUCUUCUACCAAUAUGAACAGGUGAUUGGCCGAUUAUAACAUUAAACAAUAAACCCUUUGUAUUAGAUAAGAAUGAUAUUAUAUUAUAAAUAACAUUAAAUUAAUUAUAUUAAUGAAUUAUAUUAUAAAUGAAUUAUAUUAUAAAUAAUAAGUCAUAAAAUUAAUAUUCGUCUAUCUUUUUAACAUAGACAGAUUUUCAUAUUUUUUACUGUGGUGCAUGGUGCCAGAAAUUUUAGGGGGGGGGGGGGGUGAGCCGUGAGCAGGUGACUGAAGCAUCACAAAGUGUCACCAUACCCCAGUAAGGUCUAUAUUCUAGAGGUGGAGCACUAGAGAUGUGAGGGGGAGUCUAGAGAGCAGAAAAGAAAGUAUCCCUGGAGAAAUUAAUUUCUAAGAUAAGAUUUCUAAGAUAAAAUAAGAUUAUUUUCUUUUUUGUUUUGAGAAAUUAUUUUUGAGAAAUUAUUUUCUUAAAAUAAGAAAUUAUUUUCUUAUUUUAAGAAAAUUUUCUUAUUUCAAGAAUUUUUUUUCUUGGGAGAAUAACAAGAAAAUUUUCUUAAUAAGAAAAUUCUUUUUAAGAAAAAAUUCUUGUUUUGAGAAAUUAUUUUCUUAAAAUAAGAAAUUAUUUUCUUAUUUUAAGAAAAUUUUCUUAUUUCAAGAAAACUUUUUUCUUGGGAGAAUAACAAGAAAAUUCUCUUAUUAAGAAAAAAAUUUUCUUGAUUUGAGAAAAUAUUUUCUUAAAAUGAGAAAAUAUUUUCUCAAUUUAAGAAUUUCUCUCAAGAAAAUUUUCUUAAUAAGAAAAAUUUUCUUAAGAAAAUUUUCUUAUUAAGAAAAUUUUCUUGUUAUUCUCCCAAGAAAAUAUUUUCUUAUUUCAAGAAAAUUUUCUUAAAACAAGUUUUUUUUUUCUUAAAAUAAGAAAAUGAUUUUUUGCUUUGCAGUAAACAAAGUAAAAUUCCAGACGUGCUAGGCAAAAAUAAGUAUUCACCGCUCGAAGUAGAACAAGCUUCUGCAGACGACGAAGAAGCCGGACAGUCAUUAAUUGAAGUUGGCACAAGCGACGAUGAUGAUAAAACUCCUCAUUACAGACCUAAGCAAACGUCAAAAUCAACCACCCGAGCGUCCAAAAAACCAGAGAAAGAGGCUCGACAACAACAUCAGCAAGGAAAUGAGAAAGAUUUGACAGAUAGACACAAUUCAAACCAAAAUCAGCGAAAAGUGGAUAUCUGUGGUGACUCCAUGACAAAAUAUAUUCAAGCACAUAAAUUAGGACGCUCAACUAACGAUAGAGUCACGUCAAAAUCAUUUAGUGGGGCGAAGUGUAAAGAUAUGAAGCAUUAUAUUAUGCCUACUUUAGAAAAGAAGCCUGACGAAAUUAUACUGCACGUCGGAACAAAUGACCUAAAGACCAGCAGCCCAAAGACGGUUGUCAAAGAUAUCAUGGCGCUAAAAGAUUUUGUAGUAAAAACUUCACCUAGCACAAAGGUAACUAUAUCUGAACUGAUAGUAAGAACUGAUGACGAAACACUUAAUAAUAAAAUUAAACAGAUUAAUACAUUGUUGAAACAAAAUUGUGCUGCUGAUAAUACACCCUUAAUAGAACAUUCCGAUAUAAAUAAUGACUGCUUAAAUCAGUCUGGUGUUCAUUUAAAUAAAAAAGGAACAGCAUUAUUUGCUCUGAGUAUAAUCAAACAUAUUAGGCAUUUUUGA